GUGCCAAUCAGCUGCCUGCCCACUUUCCCAGUUUCCCCUCGGCCCUCAGUCUCCGACUGACGUAAGGCAAACAUCUCCCUCAGUCCACUCUCCAGAGCUGCAGCAGCUGAGCUCAGCUCCCAUCCGUCUCCGUUCAGCGAUUCCCGGCCGUCGAUCAGCCAGCGACGGCGGAUACUCCGCUUCCAACAAGUUUAACUUGAACCGUUUAAACCAAAGGAAGCCCAAAGGACGGAGUUAACUCUCCGGUCAAAUUUUUCCAAUUGAACCCUGAUUUCUAUGGUUUCGUCCACUAUGUCGUCUUCAUCCACAGCUACAGUUUGCUCCACCAUGUUGUCUUCAUCCAUGGUGGUUGUCCCCCAUUGUUCCUCCAACCUUAUGCCUUUUUCUCCCCUGAAGUCUCGAAAGAGGAUGCCACUGAUAAGGGCUAUGAGUUCAGACACAGGACACGACCAGCCUCUUACAUCUUCCAGUACUAAAAGCCCACUGUCAGUUGUUUUGGAGGUCCCCAAAACUCUGUGGAGACAAACACUUAAACCGCUAAGUGAUUUCGGGUUUGGCAGGAGGAGCAUUUGGGAAGGUGGGGUGGGAUUGUUUCUUGUAUCAGGUGCAGUGCUUCUCGCACUCAGUCUGGCUUGGUUGAGAGGGUUUCAGCUUCGGUCUAAAUUCAGGAAGUACCAGGCUGUAUUAGAGUUUUCUCAGGCUUACGGUAUUUGCACCGGGACACCUGUUAGGAUUAGAGGGGUGACUGUUGGCAAUGUCGUUAAAGUUAACCCUUCCUUGAGAAGUAUCGAAGCAGUAGUGGAGGUUGAAGACUAUAAAAUAAUCAUACCGAGGAAUUCACUGGUUGAGGUUAAUCAGUCUGGUCUCCUUAUGGAAACCAUGAUCGAUAUUACCCCUCGUGACCCUAUUCCAACACCCUUGAAAGGACCUCUUGAUUCUGACUGUGUCAAAGAAGGCCUUAUUGUUUGUGAUAGACAGAGGUUAAAGGGACAUCAAGGAGUAAGUUUGGAUGCACUGGUCGGGAUAUACACUCGUAUUGGACGUGAGAUGGAAGAAAUCGGUGUUGCCAAUACUUUUUCACUGGCUGAGCGUGUGGCUGCUGUUAUUGAAGAGGCACAACCACUGCUUGUAAAGGCAUGGACUGCCCUUCUUAUCUCUUAUCCUACCCUUGGAUUGAUGUCUCAGAUCAAAGCCAUGGCAGAAGAUGUCAAGCCUUUGUUGGCUGAAGUCCGUGAAACCGGCCUGGUGAAGGAAGUUGAGGCUUUAACUAGAAGCCUUAAUCAAGCUUCUGACGAUUUAAGAAAGGCGCAUACGUCAAUUUUAACGCCUGAGAACACCGAGUUAAUUCAAAGAUCAAUUUAUAGCCUCAUUUUCACUUUGAAGAACGUUGAGAACAUAAGCUCUGACAUUCUGGGAUUCACUGGCGACGAGGCAACUAGGCGAAAUUUGAAAGCACUUAUCAAGUCCCUCAGUAGGUUGCUGUGAAAUCAUAAAGUGCCAGUGCAAGAACUGCUGUUCCAUAGACCGAAUGAAUAUGAGAGGAAUGCAAUCUGAUUCCGGCCCAUAUAGGUUCUCUUUCUUUCUUACGAUUCUUUCUGGUUUGCGAUUCUAGCUAGUGCUAAAGCUGUAACUACUUAAUUAAUUUUUACUUGUGCUAGUUUUGUUAAGUCAUUGAUCUUCUUUAAAAUCCGAACAAAUGGACGUUCUCAUAGCUACAUUUACAUCAGUACUACGUCAAAUUGCCAACCCCAUAAAGUUAUGGUUGAGACAAGCAUUUCUCAUGAUGAAGUAAUCUUCGUGUACAUUCUCUUUUGGGGUCGAACGAGACGAUUAGAUCAAUUGUCUCAUUUCAUAGAAUGAACCAUUUAUAACCACCGUAUUAAAGAUGACGUGAAGAAGACUC